AUGACAGAGCUAGGAGACUGGAGAACGCUGAUCGACACCCCAGCAAGAAUCUACUACAAGUAUGAGGGCACUAGCCCAGCUGGUUCACACAAACCCAAUACUGCACUCCCACAAGUCUGGUAUAAUGCUCAACAAGGAGUGAAAAAUGUUGUAACUGAAACUGGUGCUGGCCAUGGGGCAGUUCUUUGGACCUUUGCAUGCAGUCUAUUUGGACUCAACUGUGAGGUCUGGCAGGUCCGUGUAUCCUAUGAUCAAAAACCUUAUAGGAAACUGAUGAUGCAAACUUGGGGAGCCAAAGUGCACCCAUCACCAUCUGGUGUAACUGAUGCAGGAAGGAAAAUCCUCGAGACAGAUCCUUCAAGCCCUGGUAGUUUGGGUAUAGCAAUCUCAGAAGCUGUAGAGGUUGCAGCUACACAUGCUGACACCAAAUAUUGUUUGGGAAGUGUUUUGAAUCAUGUCCUGCUACACCAAACUAUCAUUGGUGAGGAGUGUCUAAAACAGAUGGAAGCAGUAGGUGAGACACCAGACAUGAUCAUUGGCUGCACUGGUGGUGGGUCUAAUUUUGCGGGUUUGGCAUUUCCAUUCAUUCGAGAAAAGUUAAAUGGAAAGAUAAAUCCAAUUAUAAGAGCUGUGGAGCCUGCAGCAUGCCCUUCACUUACCAAGGCAUUUACACCUACUGAUUAUGGUGACGACGGAGGGAUGACACCAAUUGUUGAAGAUGCACUACCCUUAGGGACAUGA